CUCCGCCCCCCUCCCCGCAGGGAAGGCUGAGGGCGCUGCGGGCGCUGAAGUCCGUGGUGAGGUCCCCGCCCCGGAGCCCCUCACAGCGGUCCUUCUGACUGAGUGUGAGGUGAGCUGAUGAACAGGCUGUGUGGUCACCUUUGAAGGCACAUUCUGUGACUCCUCAACAUAGUGUCACCUGAGGAAACAUCCCAGACCCCAUCAGGACCAGGACCACAUGGCUGCUCCUCAGGGACCGCUGACCUUCAGGGAUGUGGCCAUAGAUUUCUCUCAGGAGGAGUGGGAAUGCCUGGACCCAGCUCAGCGGAAGUUGUACCUGGAUGUGAUGGUGGAGAACUACAGCAACCUGGCCUCCCUGGCUAUGUCAUCUGAAGAUUUCCAGGCCUUUAUGCCAAACCCCGGAAUACAAGAUUUAUUCUCUGAAAUAAUACUGAGUACAUAUAAUGGAGAUAGCAGUUAUCAAUGGAAUGAACAUUGGAACAAUUCUAAGCAAGAGUCAUGUCUUAAUCAUCGGACAAGUGAGCUUGCAGAGGACCAUUAUAAAAGUGGAAAAGUCUUUGACCAAAUGUCCAAUCACAAUAUACGUCAGGUUUUUCCUAUUGUGGAGAAGACACACAAUGGAAGUAAAUGUAUCCAGUCUUUUAAGCAGUCUUCAUAUUACCCUGAACAAGAAAAUAUUCAUGCUGGGGAUGAGGCUUACAAAUGGAAUCCGUGUGGGAGAGGCUUCAGUCAAAUAUUCAAUCUAAAUAAACGCAAAAAAGUCCAUAGUGGAGAAAAACCUUAUACAUGUAAAGAUUCUGGUAAAACAUCUAUUUGGCCUUUAGGUUGUACUGUAAAUCAGACAAUUGGUACUGGAGACAAGCCUUACAAAUGUAAAUCAUGUGGCAAAACUUUUAAAUAUCAUUCAUCUCUUCUUAUACAUAAGGGAAGAUUUCACACUAUUGCAAAAUUUUACAAACUCAGGGAAAAUGGAAAAGACUUUAGUCAGUUCUCAAGACAUACUCAAAAUCGUACAGAUCAUAUGAAUGAAAAUUCUUAUAAAUGUUCAGAAUGUGGCAAAACCUUUAGUCAGCCCUCAAACCUUAUUCUUCAUCAGGGAAUUCACACUGGAGAGAAACCUUAUAAAUAUAGAGAAUGUGGCAAAUCCUUUACCAGCCAUUCAGUUCUUAUUAAUCAUCACAGUGUUCAUCCUGAAGAUAAGCCUUAUAAAUGUAGAGAAUGUGGUAAAGCAUUCCUCCACGCCUCAAACAUGUUUCGACAUCGGAAAGUUCAUACUGGAGAGAAGCCUUAUAAAUGUACAGAAUGUGGGAAAGCAUUCAGUGAGUCCGCAAAUCUUAAUCGACAUGAGAGAGUUCAUACUGGAGAGAAGCCAUAUCAAUGUAGAGAAUGUGACAAAGCCUUUAGCCGGCCCGCAACCCUUACUAUUCAUCACAGAAUUCACACUGGAGAGAAACCUUACAAAUGUAGAGAAUGUGGCAAAUCCUUUACCAGCCAUGCAGGACUUACUAAACAUCAAGGUGUUCAUAUUGAAGAUAAACCUUAUAAAUGUAGAGAAUGUGGUAAAGCAUUCCUCCAUGCCUCGAACAUGAUUCAACAUCAGAAAGUUCAUACUGGAGAGAAACCAUACAAAUGUAGAGAAUGUGGCAAAGCCUUUAGCGAUUCCUCCUCCCUUAAUAAACAUCACAGAGUUCAUACUGGAGAGAAGCCUUAUAAAUGUAGUGUAUGUGGCAAAGCCUUUAGCGAUUCCUCCUCCUUUAAUAAACAUCACAGAGUUCAUACUGGAGAGAAGCCUUAUAAAUAUAGAGAAUGUGGCAAAUCCUUUAGGCAGUCCGAAUCCCAUCAGAAAGUUCAUACUGGAGAGAAGGCUUAUAAAUGUAGAGAAUGUGACAAAGUCUUUAGCCAGUCCUUCUCCCUUAAUCGUCAUCAGAGAGUUCAUACUGGAGAGAAGCCUUAUAAAUGUAAAGAAUGUGGCAAAGCCUUUAGAUGUUCGUACUCCCUUAAUUUACAUCAGAGAGUUCAUAGUGGAGAGAAGCCUUAUAAAUGUAGAGAAUGUGGUAAAGCCUUCAGUGAUUCCUCAAAACUUACUCGCCAUCAUAAAAUUCAUACUGGAGAUAAGGCUUAUAAAUGUAGAGAAUGUGGCAAAGCCUUUAUCCGGUCCUCACACCUUACUUAUCAUCAGAGAGUUCAUACUGGAGAGAAGCCUUAUAAAUGUAGAGAAUGUGGCAAAGCCUUCAAUGAGUCCGAAAGACUUAAUAUACAUCUGAGAGUUCAUACUGGAGAGAAGCCUUAUAAAUGUAGAGAAUGUGGCAAAGCCUUUACAUGUUCCUCCUCCCUUAAUUUACAUCAGAGAGUCCAUACUGGAGAAAAGCCUUAUAAAUGUAGAGAAUGUGGCAAAGUCUUUAGAUGGUCCUCACAACUUACUAAGCAUAAGAAAGUUCAUCCUGGAGUGAAGUCACAUGAAUGAAGAGAAUGUUGGCCACAUCCAUUGGCAGCUCCUCCAACCUUACUGUACAUCAGAGGGGUCAUACGGGAGAGGAGCCUUAUAAAUGU